AUGGCAGCACUUAAAGAAACUUACAAGACGGGUAAAACCGAAGAACCUGGUUCGAAGGACCUUUCAACAAAACCUAAAAUAAUAACAGCCAAAGUUUCCAACGUCCUUUCUGCGGCACGUAUGUUUGAAACCUUAGCAGGUCCUUCCGUAAAGGACAAAAAAUCAAAGUUUGAAAACAAAGGAACAACAAAAAACAAUGAAACUUCAAUAGGAUCAAAAUUUGAACAUUCUGCCAUUGACCUGACGAAGAGUUCAGAACAAAGUUCAGAACAACCAAUGCCUACUAGUUCUUCCGCCUCUGCUUUUGCAAUGUUGGCUCGUAUCUCUGCUUUAGAGGACGAACUUGUAACUGUGGGUAAGAAUUUGGAAAAGAGGGAAUCGGCCACACAGCCUGUACAGAAUAGAGAAAGUCAAAGUCGACAUGAAGCUGAAGAUGAAAUUAUCAAAAGAUCAUCUUCUGAUACAAAAUCUUCAAGACAACUUUCAGAUUAUUUUUCAGAAGCAAGUACUCCUUCUACUUUUACAACCCAUAAUUCUAGUUCUUCUAUUUCUCGUUCACGGGUACCAUCGUGCGAAACAAAUGAUAGUGUAGAUAAUGCUGAAGUUCAAUCGGAUAAAAAAUAUAAUGAUGAGGAUCUAGAGAAAGCAAGACAAGAAUUAACAAGUGAACAUUGGAGUGAAUUAGAGAGAACGAGAAAAGAACUUUCUGAACAAUUUAAAGAGAAUGAAGAAAGGAUUCGUAUGGAAUUAAUUAAAUCACAUAGAUAUCAAAAAGAGGAACUAAAGAAAGCCUGUGAUGCCGAAAGAGAUAGAAUAAUUAUAGAAAAAGAGAAAUGUAAUGUUUUAAAAGAGCAAGCUGAAAGAGAAUUGAUAGAAUUAAAAGAAUAUUCUGAGAAUGAAAAACGAACUAUGAAGCAAGAUCAUGAGAGGGAAAAGGAAUUAUUAAGGGAAGAACAUGAAAAACAGUCGAAAAUUAAUAUUUCAAAAUUACAAAUCGAAAACGAAUCUAAACUUAAUGAUUUAAGAAAACAAAACGAAAUUGAAAAAAGAGAGUUGGAGAGUAGGUUAGAAACUGUCCAAUCUGAAAAAGAACAGCUUUUAGAAGAAAUAAAACAAACGGAGAACUCGGAAGCUAAUUGGCUAAAAUAUAAAAAAGAUACUGAAGCUUCUUUGAGUGAAUGUAAAAAGCAACUUUUAUUGCUUGGAGGUUCAGCAAAGCAAAAAGAGGAAACCGAGUUCAAUCUAAAUAAAUUAGAGGAAGAACAUUCGCGUACUCUUAAAGAAUUACAAACACUUACUAGGGAAAAGGAAAAUGCUGAAAAUAUGCUUGUUCAAUAUCAGCAAGAAAAAGAAAAUGAUAUUCAAGAACUCAAAAAUAAAUUAGAUAAUAAAGAAAAUGUAGUUUCGGCAUCAGAAGAAUUACAUGGGAGACUAAGCGAUGCAAACAAUGAAUUGUCUAAUUUACGUCUCAAAUUAUCCGAUCGUGAUAUGGAGGUUAAUAAAAUUAAAGAGAGUUAUGAGAAAUUGGAGAGUUUAAUUUCGGAGAAAGAGGAACAGAUUCAAAAACUGGAGAGUCAACUUGAGAUUAUUCGAAAAGAAGGAGACGAGAAGAUUAAACAAAAAAAUGAAGAGAUUCUUGAAUUGGAAGAUUGUCACAAAAAAGACCGCGAAGAGGCGAUUGCUACAUUACGUGCAGAUUUGACAUCAUCACAUGAGCAAGCUCUUAAGAAACUUCAAGAACAGCUUGUUAAAGUAAAUGAAGAAAGCGAGCGUUUCAUGAGGCAAGAAAUGGAAAAGGGUCGUUCUGAUGAAUUCGAAUCAAUACAGACACAAUUGAAGGAAGAGCAUGUAGCAAAAAUUGCCGAAUUAAUGAAUAAGAAUGAAACACUUGAACGUAAACUUUUGGAAAAUGUUACAGCUAUAGAAGACUCCCGUCGUCGUCUUGAAUCUGAUUCAGAACUCAAUACGAAAUAUAAGCAAUAUGUUGAAAAAAAUCAGCAACUGUCGGAUGAUCUCAUAAAUUUACGCAAGAGAGUUGAAGAAAUUGAACAAAAAAAUGAGACUUUAGAAAAAGAAAAGGAGAAACUUAAUUCAGAAACACAACAAUUAACUUCAGAAUUGGAUAAUGCUAAAGUAGAAUUGCAACGCUUACAUGAAGAGGGUUUAACAAUGAAAGGUGAAGUUGAGGAACUAGAAGGAGAACGUAAUAAGUUAGUGGGAGUUAUAUCUAUUAUGAAGGAAGAAUGGGAGAAACAAUAUAGAAAUUUAAAAGAUGAAUUUCAAAAAUCACAAAUGGAAAGGGCUACUUUACUUUCUCAAGUAACUGAUUUACAGGCAGAAAAUAUUAACCUAAAAUCAUUAUCAAGGGAUUCUGAACAUAUAUCCGAAAAUUUACAAAUUUCCAAGAAACAAAAUGAAGCUUUCUCAAAAGCUUUGGAAGAACAAGCAAAUGGAAUGCAAACUUUAAUGAAAGAUAUGGCUUCUGCUCGUGAGGAAUGGCGACAAAAAGAAACAGACAUUAUUUCUCAUUACGAGUCUGUUGAAUCUGAAUUAAAAAUGAAAGGAUCCGAGUUGGAUAUCAUACGUUCCGAAAAACAAGCCAUGGAACAAAAAAUUAUUGUUGUUAAUAGGGAAAAGGAGGCAGCAAAUAUUAGAGUACGCGAAUUGGAGUCUGAAAAAAUAAAAAUUGAAGGCGAUUUGUCAAAUAUAUCGAAAGAAAGUGGUGGAAUAUCAAGUCAGUUGACAGAUGUAAAGAAACAGUUGGAUAGGUUAAAUGAACAAGUUAAAAAUUCAAUUCGAUUAAAAGAAGAAAAUGAGUCACGUAUUCAUCAUCUUAUUAAGGAAAAAGAAGAAUUAGAAAAUAAAUUAUCCAAUGUUUCUGGUGUUCAAGGUGAUGAACUUACAACAAAGCUAAAUAAGAUUGAAAUUGAAUACGAGAAGAAAGAAAUGGAAAUAUGUCAAUUGGAAACAGUCAAAAAACAAUUGCAAACACGUAUUGAAGGUCUUGAAGCAUCAACAAAUCGUCUUACAGCAAAAUUGAAAGCAGUCGAAUUAGAUGCGGAACAAACUAGACAAAGUGCUGAUAAUCAAGUACGUGAACUUCAAAGUCGCCUUACUAAUUCGCAGGUUGAAAUUGAACAACUACAUGAUCAGGUUACAGAACUUCGACAAGAACUGAUCGAAAAAGAACAUAUUGUAGAAACUCAUAAAAGAAACUCUGCAAAUAAGGAAGAUGCAAAUGCGAAUGUUCGACUUUCUAAUGCUACAACAACCAUUAUGACCCUUAAUAAACAGAUAGAGACAUAUAAAAUGUCAAAAGAAGUUCUUGAGGGGCAAAUCACGUCACUUAAUAAGAAACUUUCGGAAGCCGAUGAUGAACAACACCAUGCUGUACAGAAUGCCGAGAAAUCAAUAGCGCAAGCUGAAAAAACCAUAUCCAUGCUUCGUAAUAAACUUGAUAUAAUUCAAAAAGAACAGGUUCAAGAAAAAGAUAAACUUAACCGCAGUCAUCAAAAUGCAAUCAAUUCUCUUAAAAAGCAACAUGAGGAAGAAUUUGAAAAACUUAGCAAGACAAUGCAAAUGCGUUUAGAGUCCAUAGAAAAGCGACAGAUCAAUCAUGUUGAAAAAGUUGAUUCAAGCAAAUUAAUUGAUUUGGAACGGAGACUUAGAGAAUUGGAGAAUACAUUGAAAGAAUCGCAAUUAGAUUGUGAUCGAUUAACAGAAAAACUUGCACAAGCUCAAGUGGGUCUUAUGGAGGCAAUAAAUGAUAAACAACAAUUGUCACGUGAAAAACGAGAAGCUGACAAAAGGCUCAGGAAUUUGGAAUCUCAAUAUCAAGAGGUUUUGCAAAAGAACAUGGACUUAACUAUUCAACUGAGUUCGAUAUAA